CAGCGGAAGUAAGUGUCUUGAGGCGAAACAUGCCCUUGGUUGCGAGCUAAUGUGGACAAAAUAUACAAGUCGUCGUUAUUCAGACGCUGGUUUUGUUCAAAUAAUUGGCUUUUACUCUCCCACAGUCGAUCAUGCCUCUUCAUAAGUACCCUCCAAAGAUAUGGGACGCCCUGAAAAUGAAGCAGGGCGUCUAUGGUCGCCUCCCUAAGCACUAUCUCAAGUCCCUGGAAUCAAAAGAGCCCACACCAGUCCACUUUAAGCCCCUGGGAGUCAAGUACAGAGCCAACCCCAAAACUGGGCAAAAGGAACGGGUACAGGAUGUCCCUCUCCCCAUCUGCUAUCCUCCAGAAUCCCAAGAAGGUCUGUGGGGAGGAGAAGGAUGGAUAAGAGGGUAUAGAUAUGCCAACAAUGACAAAAUGUCCACCCGUCUCAAGAAGAUAUGGAAACCACAGCUGUUCGAAAGGGAGCUGUACAGUGAGAUACUUGACCACAAAUUCACUAUUAAGGUCACACCCCGUACCCUGGACCUCAUAGAUGCUGCCUACGGACUUGACUUUUACAUCCUGAAAACACCGAAGGAAGACCUGAACUCCAAGCUGGGGAUGGACCUGAAGCGGGCCAUGCUACUACGCCUAGCUCGCAAAGACCAAACACUGUAUCCUGACGACCCUGUCAAGAGAGAGAAAGUCUACCACAAAUACAAGCAAUUUGAAAUCCCAGAAGAUGAGGCUGAGUGGGUGGGUCUGAAUCUGGAGGAGGCUGUCGAGAAACAGAGACAGUUGGAGUACAAGGAGCCAGAGCCUUUGUUUAAGACCUGUGUGGACAAGCUGGUGGAGGAGCUGACCAUCCAAAAGCUCUCUGAGCCCAAAGUCAUAGAGAAGAAGUAAUCACCAGAACCAAGAGAGCAAGGACACAUGUUGCCGUCUUUCAGACCGAAAUGAAAUGUUGAACCACCAAGCUUUCCAGGUGAGCGUUGUGAGCAGCUAUCUGUGCUCUACUUACCAAGUUUGUAUCUGAAAGCUCUUUAGUUCCCAGUACUGAACAUCCAUCUGGAACAACUGCAUAAAGAUUUUGGAUGGCUUCAAUUGGUCAGCAACAAGGUGGAAGUGACGCAGUUAACUGAGCCACAUUAGACUCGGUUUUAUUUAUUUUGAUUCUAUUAUUUCUCUUUGUUUAAAGACCUUUUUGUGGCUUAUUUCAGUCUUGAAAAGUAUCGACCUUUGUAAAUGAUCUCAUCUGUGAUGGAAGAUCUGUGUAAGAAAUGCAUAAGGAAUAA